UCGAAAACAGCUGACACAAAUUCCAAUUUCACACUGAUAACUCAUUCUUGACACACGCUCCUUUGACUCCUUGGUACCCCAACAUCAACUUUAUCUAUAUAUAUUAUUCCCACUCACAUGCAAUUUGGUCAUUACUAAUUCAUUACGUGAGAAGAAUUAUAAGCAAUCCAAAAAUGGGUUUUACUGAGCCAGAAAUUAUAUGCAAGAAACAUCCAGAUCACAAACAACAGCCAGGAGUUUGUUCUUGUUGUCUCAGAGAAAGACUCAGUAAGCUUUCUACUUCGACAGCAACAAUAGCAGUAAUAUCUUCAUCUACCUCUUCUUUAUUUUCCUCUACUUCUUCUUCCACUUGUAAUUCUCCCCGCGUUGGCGGCCACCGCCGGAUCAUCUCCGACGUUGUGGGUCCCUUCACUUUCGUCAGCAUCAUCGGUACCGGCGCCGGCGCCGGAGGCGGUUUGAAGAAAAGUAAAUCACAAGCUUUUGUUGCAAGAACAGGUUGUAGAUCAGGUGGAUUAUUGAAUGGACAAAAGAAGAAAGAAGGGUUUUGGUCAAAACUGAUUAGGUCAACGGGGAAAAAGACCAAAAGGGUUCUUAUGUAUUGAUCACUUCUGUAAAAGAUUUUUAUACUAUUAAAGAGAUUUUAACCUAAUAUAACAAGGUAUAUAUCAUCUUUUUGUAGGUUACCGAUCUAUAUUUGUUAAUAAAAGAUUGUCUGUAAUUGACUUA